CACGUUUCCCACAGGCCUCAGUCCUAAGGAAGCGACGCCAUUGGUGCCGUCCCACUGCGCAGGCGCCACCCCUCGGCCCGCAUGCGCACUCAGCCCGGCGCGGCCUGAGGAAAUUUCCUUUUACACGCCUGCUGCAGCAGUCCCUUGGGUCUCCUCCUCCCUUCUCCAUCUUCCUAGUCCCUGCAGGACUUCACUGGAAUAUUGUUUGGCGAAAGUGUCAUGGAAGUCUUGCGCCCACAGCUUGUAAGAAUUGAUGGUCGCAAUUACAGGAAGAAUCCCAUCCAAGAACAGACUUAUCAACAUGAAGAAGAAGAUGAGGACUUCUAUCAAGGUUCCAUGGAGGGUACUGAUGAACCCUGUGAUGCCUACGAGGUGGAGCAGACCCCACAAGGAUUCCGGUCUAUUGUGAAGGCCCCCAGCCUGCUCUACAAGCAUAUAGUUGGAAAGAGAGGGGACACUAAGAAGAAAAUAGAAAUGGAGACCAAAACUUCUAUUAGCAUUCCUAAACCUGGACAAGAUGGAGAAAUUGUAAUCACUGGCCAGCAUCGAAAUGGUGUAAUUUCAGCCCGAACUCGGAUUGAUGUUCUUUUGGACACUUUUAGAAGAAAGCAGCCCUUCACUCACUUCCUUGCCUUUUUCCUCAAUGAAAUUGAGGUUCAGGAAGGAUUCCUGAGGUUCCAGGAAGAAGUACUGGAGAAGUGUUCCAUGGAUCAUGGCGUUGAUAGCAGCAUUUUCCAGAAUCCCAAAAAGCUUCAUCUAACUAUUGGGAUGUUGGUGCUUUUGAGUGAGGAAGAGAUCCAGCAGACAUGUGAGAUGCUACAGCAGUGUAAAGAGGAAUUCAUUAAUGACAUUUCUGGGGGCAAGCCCCUGGAAGUAGAGAUUGCAGGGAUAGAAUACAUGAAUGAUGAUCCUGGCAUGGUGGAUGUUCUUUACGCCAAAGUCCACAUGAAAGAUGGCUCCAACAGGCUGCAGGAAUUAGUUGAUCGAGUGCUGGAACGUUUUCAGGCGUCCGGACUAAUAGUAAAAGAGUGGAAUAGUGUGAAACUGCAUGCUACAGUCAUGAAUACACUAUUCAGGAAAGACCCCAAUGCUGAAGGCAGGUACAAUCUCUACACAGCAGAUGGCAAAUAUAUCUUCAAGGAAAGAGAAUCAUUUGAUGGCCGAAACGUUUUAAAGUUGUUUGAGAACUUCUACUUUGGUUCCCUGAAGCUCAACUCAAUUCACAUCUCUCAGAGGUUCACAGUAGACAGCUUUGGAAACUACGCCUCCUGUGGACAAAUCGACUUCUCCUGAGGUGGAUCUUGGAAAGCAGGAGAAGUUGAACAUCCUCACAAGAUGCUAAAGAAAAGUAUCUUCAUUUUAAUUGCCAAGGAGGGAUGUGGAAAUUUGGAUGGUGACUUUUCUGGGUGGUUCUCCGUGGACUCAGCAUUGCCUCUAUUGGCUGUCCAUGUUCAUCAGACUGUCAGCCAAGAGAAGGAGAACUUGGCCUUGUUCUUUUCAAUUUUUUUCUUUAAUUUUUUUAUUUUGGUAAAAUAUAUAUAACAUAAAAUUUACUGUCAGCCAUUUUUAAGUGUGCAGUACAGUGUUAUUAAAUGCAUUCAUAAUAUUGUGCAACCAUCACUACCAUCUGUCUCUGCAACUUUUUCGUCUUGUAAAAUUGAAACUCCAUACCCAUUAAACAAUACCUGGCAACCACCAUUCUACUUUCUGUCUCUAUGAUUUUGACUACUCUGAGUAUCUCAUAUAAGUGGAAUCACAGAGUAUUUGUCUUUUUGAGACUGGCUUAUUUCACUUAGCAUAGUGUCCUUAAGGUUCAUCAAUGUAGUAUCAUGUGACAGGACUUCCUUUCUUGUUCAGGAUUUGAAUAAUAUUCCAUUAUAUGUGUAUACCACAUUUUGUUUAUCCAUCACUGGACACUUGGGUUGCUUCUACCACUUGCCUCUAGUAAAUAGUGCUAAUACAAACAUGGGUGUGCAAAUAUCUCUGAGACCCUGCUUUUAAUUCCUUUACUACCUGGAAUUUUACCUUUAGCAAAAUAACUAUUAAAGUUUUUUUCCUUUU